UGUAGCUGGAUGGUCCCACAGCUGUUGCCGCACCGAGGGUGAGUGCUGGGGGGUGUGUGCGUAGCUGGCCUCUGAUUGGCCACCGGCUUUUCUCGCGGACCUAUAAGUUUUCUCCCAUGUGAGCGGCUUUAAAAUCAAAUCGUCCUCAGCAGCGGCACACGUCACCGGCAGGAGAGCAGGUCAAGAUGGCAGAGAUGAGAAGUCUUCAUCUGAAUACCCCUCUCAGAGACAGUGUGCCAUUGUCCAAACUGUCUGGCACCAAAGUCUAUCUAAAACUUGAUAAUGCUCAGCCAACAGGUUCUUUUAAGAUUCGUGGCAUUGGACAUCUGUGUAAGACGUGGGCAAAACGUGGCUGUACCCAUUUUGUGUGCUCCUCAGGUGGUAAUGCCGGCCUGGCAGCUGCUUACAGUGCCCGCAUGCUGUCCAUUCCUGCCACCAUCCUUGUCCCUACCACUACUCCAGCUUUUACCAUUCAGAGGGUUAAGGAUGAAGGAGCAACAGUGUGUGUAGUGGGGGAGAUACUGGAUGAGACAAUUGAGCAUGCUAAAGAGUUGGUGAAGAAUAACCCGGGAUGGGUGUAUAUCCCCCCUUUUGAUGAUCCUUUAAUAUGGGAAGGCCACACUUCACUAGUUAAAGAAAUUAAAGAAAGUCUUCCUUCAAAACCUGGAGCUAUAGUCCUGUCAGUAGGUGGUGGUGGCAUGCUCUGUGGCGUGGUUCAAGGCCUGCGGGAAGUAGGAUGGGAUGAUGUCCCCAUCAUUGCCAUGGAAACCAAAGGAGCUCAUAGCUUAAAUGCAGCUCUGGAAGCUGGGAAACUAGUGACCUUACCAGAAAUAUCCAGUGUAGCGAAGACUCUGGGAGCUAAAACCGUGGGAGCCCAAACACUAAAAGUGGCUCUGGAACAUCCAGUUUUCUCCGAAGUAAUCUCUGAUCAGGACGCAGUGAUUGCUAUUGAGAGAUUUUUAGAUGAUGAAAAGAUGCUUGUGGAACCAGCAUGUGGUGCUGCUCUAGCGGCAGUUUACAGCAACGUCUUUGGGAAAUUGCAAAAGGAAGGCAAACUGAGCCAAGAUCUCUCCUCUCUGGUCAUCAUAGUAUGUGGUGGAAACAAUAUCACCCUGACACAGCUAUUCCAGCUCAAAGAGCAGCUGGACAUCAAAUCCACGAGUACUGCUUAACACUGAUGCAUAAAUCGAGGCAAAGACUACUUGACACUACUAAAUUCCUGGAUAGACUUCUGUCCUACUGUCACAUUGGGGGGGGAAAGAGCAUUAAAACGGCUGCUUUACAUAUACCUAUAGGGGCAAGCCUCAUUUUUGAAGCAAAUGUGUCUGCCUGUGUCACAGGGUAGCUAAUGAACACUAACUGGUCAAAAAGGACCAUUUACACUAUAUACUUGAAAAUAAUUUCCAGAAAGUGUUUGUUGACUUGGGUCUGGCAUCCAGGGCUGUCUUAGGGAAAUUUUUAACAUGGAUUACAAUUUAGCCUUUUUAUAUUAAGAGUGUCGGGCAAAAAAGCAAUAUACAUUUGCAUGACCACAAUGUAAAAAUGUGUGAACUUUCUGUCUCUGCCAAGUCCCCAAUAGGCAAAUAAGUUCCCCUGGAAAACCUGACAACCAGAAUGUCAAGUUGUGUCUUCUAAUUAUGUCUUCUCUUUGGGUAGAUUGAGUUCUGGGUUUUACCUCAUUGGUGCUGAAGUUCCCAUAGUUUCUAUAAGCACAGCAUCAUCUAGUGCCAAAAUAAAUGGCAAUUAUUAUUUUUUUCCCCCUGUAUCUCAGGCAUCCCACAAUGGGUAAACAUUUUUAACACUUUUAAAUUAAAAGCAGUUUUUAGAUCUAAAACAUUAAAGGUUUUGUAGAACAGACUAAUGGAAAGCCACUUUAAAUGUAUCUACCUCAAAGUGCGUGGCUUUAUUGUAUAUACAUAUUUGACAGUUUUGUAGCUGAAAUGCUACAUAAAACUUGUAAUUCAAUAACUACUGAAUUUUAAAUUUAUUUGUAAUUUGAUGUAUUUUCAAUGUAUGUGUCAUAAAACCCUUUUUUCAAUAAAGAGACUAAUCUAA